UUCUAUUUUUCCUCUUGCAAUUUCUCUGCAGGGAAACAUAAGAGAAGUUUUUUUUCUCUCUAGGGUUACAUAAGGCUUGGCUGCUUCAGUGCUUUGGGUACCAGAACUGUCAAGUGCAGAAUUCGAAGUUGCUAUUCUUGCAGAAGCAAUGGAAGCAUAUGGAAAAUCUACAAUGGGUGGUGCUGCUAAUGUCAUCUAUCUAUCGACCAUUCUAGGCCUAGAUGGGCCAAAUCCAGUUCACAAAUGCGGUUACAAGUGUGAAAACGAACAUGUAUGUGGAAACGUGUAUUGUUGCAAACUAACAGGACUCACUCACAUUUGUGACAAGAACUGUAACCAAAGAAUUUUGUAUGAUAACCAUAGUUCCCUUUGCCGGGUGAGUGGCCAGCUUUCCCCCCUAACUCCAGCAGAGCAGCAGGCAGUUAGAGGUGUGCGUAGGAAGCUUGAUUCUGACAAUACUCCUGGUGAUACCUGUGGUUUUAAGCGCCGACGUGAUGCUCAGUUUCAUCCUUCUCCUUUCGAGAGAUCUUUUUCUAAUGUCAGUCCCAUCUGCAGCCAAGCUGGAGAUGGCAUGGAUUUGAGCUAGAUAUACAUAUAUCGUAUUACCGAAAAAAACUCUUUAUCUUUUAGUUACUAUCAAGCUACUUCAAAUUGUCCUUUCUUAAGUUCAUGGAACAAAUAUGGAUGAUAAAACUUUAUGCAAGUACUUAAUAUCGGACCUGAUGUGUCCCGGUUAUCUGUUGGAACAGUUUAUAUUACUUGCUAUGUGCAUUGCUAUGGAGGUUCCUUUGGCUCAACUGUUGUUUAGGGUAUUAAGCAGGCUCAAGUUCCUUUCAUGUGAAACUUGAAUUAAACUCAGCUUCUCUCUAACUGAACAGCUGGAUCAGACCAGUGUCAGCUAUUGAGUGCAUUUGACAAGUAUUAGUGCACUUAAAUGUAGUACGGUAUUAAUUGAUUGGAGAUUUUUUUUCUAUUGCUUCGUCCAAGAACUAAUGUUUCAUUACAGUGUAAUAUGUUUGUGCUUGGUGGACUUUGAAUCUUUUGUGGAGCCCAUUAUCUGCGAGAACUAAUCAAUUAAUAUGUAAGAACCUUGUGCACGAGAGUUGUUUUUAUGUUAAUUUUGCAUAAGGAUUACUUUUAAGUUGAUGGUUUGUGUCUUUGUCUGGCAUUGGCCAUUGCAGUACAGGUUUUAUCAAGUUCCUCAAAUGAGGGAUCUUCAUGGACUUUUAGCUGGUACUGGUAGAAAUCUCACUAAGUUGUUACUUUACUUUGUUUAGUUUCUUGCAGGUUGUACAUGCAUUACAUAAUCAUUACUUUGUCUUCGUUAGUGUUUGUAUUUUUAUGCCCCUACUUUAUUGAUUCUAUAUGUGAUACUGAAUUGAAUAUUAAUUUUUGUAGGGAUGAAGUGCGUGCAUUCAGGACAGUUUAAAAUGUCUAUUGAGAUGAAUAACUUGUUAUGUUUUAGAUGUUUUCAAGAGCAUAUAACUUUUGCUGAUAAAUUAUUUUCUUCUUUCGCGAGUGUAGGUGUCUUUGCUCAUCUUGGAAAAUGAAGCUGGCCUCGAGCAGUGCUAAUGAGAUGAGAAAGUGAUAUGUAUUUGACUUCUGAAGGGUUAGCAGCUGUCUGCUUUCUGUACUAGGGUUCCAUCAUAUUAGUACUGCCAUGGCAGAAACCCUUUGAUCCCAUCUUUAUAGCACCCACAGGGCAUCCUGUUUGGCUGUCUCUGCAUGUUUUCCGCUGUGCUACUCUCUCUGGUCUGAUGGUGAGGCCUGAUGUUGGACUUUGAUUCUGAAUGACAACAUCAAUUGGUACCUGUUCUGUUGAAUUGUUUGUGAAGCAUAGAAAUGCCCUCCAUGAACAGUUUUCUGGCUUUGGCUACAACAAUGAGGCUGAAAAUAAAUGGCGGUGAGAGUUUUAUCUCAAUAUCACUAAGGCUAGCAGAAGUGUAGUGUUUUAUUUUCCCAGUUUUGCAUGAAGAGGAAGUUCUUAGUAGAUGUUGACUCUAACCUUAGUAUCGUAUUAAGAAAUCAAUUUCUCUUCCAGCCAUGGCUAUCCUCAAUGUUUCUCUAGAUGGUGCCUUUGUUUUAUGCCAUUAAAACUACAUGGCAUACCAUCAUUGGUAAACUCUUAAAUUACCUAAAUUACGUCUUAUGUGUUUUGCCCAGCAGCCUCCUUAAGGUCAUAGCUGAUCUCAAAUUUAGUUUGAGGGGAAAGACUUGUGAAAUAAAUUUGUCCUCUUUGUUGAGACGAGGAUUUAGUGCAAGAAUUCUUUGAUUUGUCUGUUGUCCUUUUUGUGACUUAAUGCGUCUAUCUUUCAGAAAUGCAAUUUAGAUCUUACAUUG